GGAAUAUUUAUGAUACCUCCAUUUACAACUCGGCGACGACGUGCUAGCUAGCACUCAUCCUCAGCUUCAUAUUUGAUCGGUUCUAGUUUUCUUUAUCGUGUUAAAAGUGAUAUGGUAAAAAAUCUGUAGAAACUCCUAAUUUGGUUUAGAUUUUCAUUGCGAUGAGGGCAAUCGUAAUAAUACUUCUUGUCUUCUGUGUGACAUUUGAGCUCGUCACGCCCGAGACAAUGCACGUGGACAAGUGCGAUAAUUUUUGUGGUGGAUCUAAGCUGAACCCUUUCGGUAAAUCCGGAACUUGCAAGAGUUGCUGCAUGGAGAAAGGAUUUAUAGCUGGUGGAGAAUGUGGAGAUUUCUUGAACCGACAUUGUAGGUGCACACAAAAUGUACCAUUCUACCCCGGAAGUCCACCAGGAGGGAUAUAUCCUGGUGUUUAUCCAGGCGCAGGAUAAAGAAAACAAUAAUAAGUGAAUAAAGAAGGACAAAAUUUUAUUAUGAUACAAUUAAUAGAAGGUGUAUAAAAUUAUUAUAAUUGAUUAUC